UUUACAUAUGUGUCCGAAACCGCCUGAUGAUGUCCUAUUUGCAACAAACCAUGAAACACAGGCGUUAUAUUAACAUCCUCUGUAAGAACCAUGUGACAAAAGGGCACCCCGCUCUGACCAUGCUAGUGCUAAUUUAGCAAGCAUUAGCCACUGUCACUGGGCCCACGCUCUCUCCUGCAUCACUUUUAUUCUGUGGCCAUACGGCUAUGGAAUUUUCGGGGAUUUGUUGCAGAAGGACCGGGUGGUCAUUUUUCGAGUUUAGAACCAGGAGUGGAUGUUGCAAAAGUUGAUUUUGCACGUAAAAGCAAGUUUUCUGAAUUCAUACAAAAACUGCGCUCAGUGAUGGAGGACGAUUUGGUUUGCGACUAUGAUUCGACCUGGGACACUGAGAGCGAUGGAGAUGACUUUGGAGAAUAUACAACGCGGCGGUCAAGCCAGGACAAAACUAAAAAAACCAAGACGGGCUUUUGGUCUAAUUCCUCCUAUAGAAACCUAAGGGCAGCCAAAGAUAUGCAGAACUACCGCCAUGGGUAUCCAACUCCUAAUGACGAGGAAUGCCCAGAAGAGAGGAUGACUAAUUUGAAAUUCUAUCUAAAUGAAAUCUCUUCUUCUCCCGACGAUGUAUCAAUAGAAAUGUUUCAUAAAGAAUGGAGGACGGACUACAAGAGACUGGAAAGGGUGCAUUCCUAUAUUCAGUGGCUGUUUCCGCUGCGUGAACCAGGAGUUAAUUAUAUGGCAUCAGAACUCACAAAGAAGGAAAUUCAGGCAUUCAGGGAGAACGAGGAAGCCAAGGCCAGGCUGGUGGAGUCAUACGAGCUUAUGCUGGGCUUCUACGGUAUCCAGCUGAUUAAUAAGAACACAGGGGAGGUCAAACGCGCCGACAACUGGAGAGAGAGAUUUGCCAACCUUGAGCGGAAUAUGCACAACAAUUUGCGCAUUACCCGCAUCCUGAAGAGCCUUGGAGAACUAGGAUUUGAGCACUAUCAAGCCCCUUUCGUCCGCUUCUUUCUGGAGGAGACUUUGGUGAGGAAGAACCUGAGCAGUGUGAAGCGGAGCGUCCUCGACUACUUUGUGUUUGCUGUUCGGGAUAAGCGCGAGCGCAGGAAGCUCAUUCGCUAUGCAUACCAGCAUUACGAGCCAAAGGACAAGUUUGUCUGGUGUCCCAGAAAGAUCCAGAAGCGCUUCAAGAAGAAGUCAGAGAAGAGACAGGAGUCGGCAGCGGGAAAUGGGGAGAGUGCUGUGGCGGACGAGGGACGUUCGCGAGGGAAGGUGAAGGACGGGGAGUCAGGGAGUGGCCAGAAGGAAGGAAAACAGAUGGACGAUGUGUCAGACACGCAGAGUCAAAUGGAAGAGGACACCUCAAUGAGUGUGGACAAAGAGAAGCCUUCGGAAGGUUCCCCGGGUGAGUCUGUUCCUGACGAGUCGUUGUUGGGGAACCCUCUACCCAAUGGCAACAAGAACAACUGUGAAAAUGGAGAGAUGGACCACUCCAGCUCUUCUGAAGCCAGUCCUGCAAAGGACGAGGAAAGCCAAGAUGAUGAGCUCAAAGACAGUGGUCAGCCGAAGGACGCGCCCAAAGAGCCUGGCAAGAGCAAACUUGAUACUCCGGAGUUGGUCGCUUCGGAGUCUGAGCUAGAGAAGCCACUGAAGAAGAAAAGGGAGAGUGAAACGGCGCCGUCUGGCAACGGGCAUGGGGCAGAACCACCGAGCAGUCCCUGCCAUAGCCCCUCUGAGCCCACAGACGGUCAACCCAACCAGAGCACACAGUCUUUGGCGGAAACUUCACCUGCCAAACGAGUCGGCAGGACCGUGGAUGAAAGAGCAGAAAAGCUUCCCAGGACAGACUUUAGCAGUACUCUAGCUGCCACAGACAGUGGGGAAACGACCCCAAAAACAGGCAUUGCAUCUGCAGUGCACACAGCUGACAAGGAGCCACAAGCCAACCAUCAAACAAAUGGGACUGAUGUACGGAAUAGCGAGGAGCCAAUGGAUGUUGAGACAAGCGUGACUGCAGACCUGCAGAGCCUAUGAGUGCUAGUAGAGGAUACUAUAUGUAUCGUAUGCUCAUGAGUUUGCCUGAAAGGACCACUUCACUGCUGUUCUCAUGGAAUUAAAGACUUCAAAGAGAAGAACUAUUAGGUUGUUUUUUGUUUAGGUCUUAUUUAUUAAUAGAAGGCCUUGUAGUUGAACUGCUACAUGUUAAAGUAUUUUUGUUUCUAAAUGUUCCACAAGCAAUGGAUGAACUUAAUUAUGACUUUUUUUGCUUUUUUGUUUAAAGUAUGAAUUUGUGGAUAAUGCACCAAAUGUAUAGAACAUUAUGUUUAUGUUUUUCUUGCUGUGUUUGGUGACCUCAUUUGUUCAACUUUUGGACUUGAUGGAAAAGUUCAUUUAAAUCAUAAGGCAGUCCAUACUUCAGAACAAUGAAGAUGGCUGCUGUGGUAUACGCCAUGUUUUCUGUUCUGGACCAGUGGUAGAUUCCUUAGGAGAGUCAGUGACCCCACAAUAAGCGCUUCUUUCAAGUCAGUGGUGCUUAAUGAUGCAUUUUUUCUCAAAAUGAUUCAAGUCUAAAGAAAGGGUAAGGAGGCAGUCAGUGUCUGUGCAGUCAGCUGAGAAGAAAUAUGCCAUUUGUAGGGAUGUGUAGAUACUGAGGGUGAAGUUCAGCACAAUGUGUUUUAACAUUUCUUUGUCUCACCAUUGAACCCAUUGGCGUUGAGUUCUUUUGGUUUGCACUUAAGUAUAACGAAAUUGCUGUAAAGAGAACUUAAUCUUACUAAACCCAUUUUCAUAGGUAAUUCUCUAAGAUAAUACAGUGAAUUGUAUUUUGAUGGUUUUGUUUGAAUAGAGUUGCACAACUUAAACUUGAUUUUGGUACUGAGGUUGUAGACAUGGAGACAGCCAUGCCAAAAUUAGAGACUCAUUGAUUGUAUUGAGAGUACACAGUAUUGAGUGAACCGAGGGGUGAUCUCUCAAGCAAGGAUCAAUUAUAGCCAGAGUAGUUCCUUUGAGUUAGAGAUGUUGAUAUGCAGUCAGGGCUGUUAUCAGCCUAGUGUCUAGUUGAUCCUUUUAAGAGACUACCCCAAACUGUAUAAAACAGAAAUAUAUUAUUGAACAACUUGAACAUUGUGAUUUAAACAUUUUGCUUGUAAGAUGAGGGGAGGUGGGGUUGGUAUUUAAUUAAAUGAUUUUGUAUAAUUGUUAUUCCCGGCAUGACUUUUUCUUUCUAUGUCACGUUAAUAUGUUGGUAGCCAAAGGUGAAAUCCCCACUGACUUUAGCACGUUCUCAGAAACAAACUGAUAACUUCUUAACUUCUGUUCUCAUUGUUGUAUUUCUGUUGUUUUCCUCACCACGUGAUGCAUACAUUUACUUUAAAAUGAAUGAAGACACAACGAUGCUUACUGUGAACCAUGAAGACAGGUGUCUACAGUAAGCAAUGAGUUUGGGGGAUGGGAGUUCCUGUGCACAGCUCCUGUUCCAAAUUUGAAACAUGUUUCACAACAAACAAUAAAGACUGUGCCAACAAGGA